AUGGAGCAAGAAGCCUAUUAAUAAGUACAAAACUACAUUUUAUGUAAAUUAUAAUCAAUUUAACAAGAGCGUACAUUGGGUUAAGGAACUUUUGGAAAGGUGAAAUUAGGUUAUCAUACAAUAACAGAUGAAUAUGUAAAAGUUAUUUUAUAUUUAUUAGGUUGCCAUUAAAGUUCUUGAGAAGAACCGAAUAGAGAAUUAAUUUGAUUUAAUGAGAGUCUAGAGAGAAAUAAUGAUUUUGAGAAAAGUCAAUCAUCCAAAUGUAAUAAAAUUAUAUGAAGUAAUAACUUGAUUGAUUUAAGAUUUUAGAAUCAGAAUAGUCAGUUUAUUUAGUUAUGGAAUAUGUGAGAGGGGGAGAGUUGUAUGAUUACAUAAUAAAGAAAAAAUAGUAAUGUGAAUCCUAAUUGAAUUAGCCUACCUGAACAUGUUGCAGUACGCUUUUUCUAGUAGAUUAUUUUUGCAAUAGAAUACUUGCAUAGUAACAAUAUUACACAUCGAGAUUUGAAACCAGAGAAUCUAUUAUUAGAUGAAAAUAAAUAAUUGAAAAUUGCUGACUUUGGAUUGAGUUUUAUUUCUAUUACAAAGGGAGAACUAUUGAAAACAGCUUGUGGUUCUCCUUGUUAUGCAGCUCCAGAAAUGUUAGGUAUAUACAUUAUUUAAAUAAAAAGUUGGUAAAUAAUAUGAAGGUUUAAAAAGUGAUAUUUGGAGUUGUGGAAUAAUCUUAUUUGCAAUGCUUUGUGGUUAUUUGCCAUUUGAACAUGAAAACACAAAAGAAUUAUAUUAAUUAAUUAAAACUAGUGAUUUUGAAAAACCUACUCAUUUAUCACCUAAUGCAAUAGAUAUAUUAACAAAGAUACUUGUUAAGGAUCCAGAUAAAAGAUUAAAUUUUGAUUAAAUUAAAUAACAUCCUUUUUUUUUAAUGUAACCUCCUUUAUAAAGAAAGAAUUUAAACUUAGAUGAUUAAAUUAUAAUAUAGAAAAUGAUAGAAAUGGGUUAUUCUCAAAAUUAAAUUUCUUUUUAAUUACAUGCAAAUAAACAUAAUACUUUAACUACAAUUUAUUUUUUAUUACAAAAAAAACAAAAUUAACCAUAUAGAAAGAAUUUCUUUCAGAAUAUUCAAAAUAUUGCUAAUUUAAAGUUGGAUAUAAAUUAAAAAAGAUAAACUAUUGUUAAAUUUUAACCUUCAUAAUAAGGAUCUCCAAAUUUUGAUAAAUAUGAAUUUAGAUAAUAAAAAUUGAGAUCAAGAAUAGAUAAUUCUCCUUAUUUAUAAACUUAGAAUUCAUAAAAGUUUAAGAAAAUUAAUUUAUCUGUAUAAUCAAAACGAGUUAGUGUUUAAAUUGAUAAUACACGUUAAAAGACAUAUUCAGUUUAAGAGAAAUAUAAUGAUUAUCCAUAAUUAGUAAAUAAUGGUUUAUUAGAUUCUAAGUAUAUUUAUAAAUAUAUCUAUAUAUAAGGAUUUAAAGUAGAAAGAAUUCUAAAUUAUAAGGAAAUAUAAAGUUAUAACCAAAAAAAGAGAUAGAAUAGGGAUUAAAAACAGAAGUUAAUGAUGAUGUAACUAAUUAUUUUAAAGGUAAUUUGACAUAAGUAAGACAAAGAAAUAAAACAUAACCAAAUAAAAAUGAAGAGACUUUAAAAUUUUUUGAUAAAAAUUCUAAAUUAAAAGCAUCCAAUUAAGUAUUAUUAAUUGUUAAUUAGAUUGUAUCGAAAACACCAUAAAAUAAUCCAUUUGUUCAAGUUGAUUUGAGUAGAACUAAAUAGUUACAAUAAUAGUUAAUUGAAAGCAAAUAUUCUGCAUUAAAAAAAAAAAGAAUUGAAUUCAAAGUUUAAAGAUUAUUGGGAAAUCAAUUUUGA